CUUUUUCGAAUUCUUCCUCUUCAGGGUUUCUUAGAUGGCCGAAUCGCAAACCGGAGGUGGUGGUGGUGGAAGCCAUGAGAGUGGCGGAGAUCAGAGCCCGAGGUCGUUGAAUGUUCGUGAGCAGGAUAGGUUUCUUCCGAUUGCUAACAUAAGCCGUAUCAUGAAGAGAGGUUUACCUCUUAAUGGCAAAAUUGCUAAAGAUGCUAAAGAGACUAUGCAGGAAUGUGUCUCUGAAUUCAUCAGCUUCGUCACCAGCGAGGCUAGUGAUAAGUGCCAGAGAGAGAAAAGGAAGACCAUCAAUGGAGAUGAUUUGCUUUGGGCUAUGGCCACUUUAGGCUUCGAAGAUUACAUCGAUCCCCUCAAGGUUUACCUGAUGCGAUAUAGAGAGAUGGAGGGUGACACUAAAGGAUCAGGAAAAGGCGGGGAAUCGAGUGCAAAGAGGGAUGGUCAACCAAACCAAGUGUCUCAGUUCUCGCAGGUUCCUCAACAGGGCUCAUUCUCACAGGGUCCUUAUGGAAACCCUCAAGGUUCGAAUAUGAUGGUUCAAAUGCCGGGCACAGAGUAGUACUAGGGCACUAUUCAUCACAAUCUUCCGAGACUCGACUAUUCCGGUUGUGUCUGAGAAUCUGAGUGAUCCACUGUUCAUAGAUAUGGAUUGUGGUAUCUCAGUUUUGGGAGAGAGAAGAUUUGUAUAUGAUUGUGUUGUAGGGAGAAGAGUUUGGUUUGCUUAAGACAAGAAUUGAAGAAGCACGUUUUUUUUUCAUUUGAUUGUUAUGUUUCUUAGGUUUUGGUCUUAAGAAGAAGCUAUUUAUCAUCACUUGAUUGCCCUGUUGAUCCUUCAUGCAAGUGAGCCGUUACUUUCGUAAAACAACAUCAUGAUUAAUAAUUUAGUCUCUUUGAU